AUGUCAGACCAUAAUGGUCUCGGUCCACACUCGCCCUUAUCUGGGCCAACAUCGUAUCAACAAGUCAAACAAGGCUUGGAAGAGAAACUUGGGAGACCGGUGAGUCUUGGUGAGGUUUUCAAAGAGACACAUACAAGGCCAGAUGGUACGUAUGUCGAUCGAAAAGCCGAGAAGAUCUUCUCAACUUAUGAGAAAAACUUACAAGCUAAGAUAUCUGAGAUCGACUCAAGCUUAGGAGCUCACAGCAGAAGAUUAUACGACCAUCUUUCUUCAGGUAAAUCCACUGAGAAGGAUUCCCGAGGUAAUCUUCUUGGACUUGGAAGCCUCAAGGAUCAUCUUCAGGAUCUUCUCAAUGGCAAGAGCUAUCAACAAGGACAGUCGUCGUUUGUAGCAUCGCAAGAGCAAAUAAAAGAAGCUCAUCGUAUAAUUGAAGAACAAGUUGCCUAUAAUGCAAAACGUGAUGCUGACAAUUGCUGCUCGUGA